AUGAGAAAUCGGGGGUUCUUCCAGAUAAUAAAGAAGCAGACAGAACUUAUUCCUCUGGUUUCAUUUAUCACCUUUGCCGGAUUAUGGGCGAUGUAUUCCUCAUGGCACGGCAUCACCAAAAGUGAUGUGAUUAUAAACAAACGCGGUAAUCCGGAACCGUGGCAACAUGUGGAUCCUACCAAACCCACAAAGUUGGUAACACUCAACCAGGAGUGGAAACGCAUUGAAGAGCUGGAAAAAGUCCGAAAACUUAUGAAGUGAACCAGGAGCAGACUUUCCAAAUAGCACUCUAUGAAUCUAGUGGAAUAAUUUCUGCACAAAUUAGAGGAUUGAAACCAGUGUGCAGAAAUGCUUCUGCUACAUUUUUAGAGUCUCCCUUUUCUUUUCAACUCUAGAUGACGACGUUACUGUUUGUUUUGCAAGUUGCCCUAAAGUCAUCCACACAAGUCCAAAAAUAAAGGUCUGGUCUGCUUUCACAACAGCCACAUUCGUUUUGAGGCCUGGGGUUUGCUGUUUGAUAUUCCAGCAGGCAGUAAAAACUUUUUGUGAGUUUUCAAAGGAGUUGCGUUGUUUUUGUCUGAUGCAAUGCCGUGUGUCAUUUGUGAUGCUUUCAAUAAACUGGGGACACACAUUUGUACAGUGAAUGGAAUCUUCUUUCUGUUCAAUAUGGGCAGGGAUCAA